UCCGCUGGAACCGUCGUAUAGGGCGUCUCCUCUUCCGUUAUCCUCACCGGCGUUUUACUUAACCUUGUAACAAAACACCCUCACCUUCUCUGUUUGUUCCGAUUCUCCAGUUCCUGCGCAGGCAAAUCCUGUAGUUUUUUGAGCCAUCGUUGUCGGCGUGAACUUCGAAACAUGUUGCAGUUUCCCGCCGAUAAAGCUGCUGGCAAAUCCCAUAUGAUGGGUUGGGUUUGGGUAGGUUGGUGUUUAGGGCAAGAUUCAACCGGCAGAUGGCAAAAGUUAGCACAGAAGGAUGCCAUUCUGGAUCUCAGCACAACCAGGUGAAUCCAUACCAAAUCAAGAAGGGUGGUGUUAGAAAAGGAAACCGAGCUAGGAAAUACAGGAAAGCUUUAAAAGGAAGAGAAUGGAAGGGGGUGACAUGCCCAGUCUGCCUGGAAAUUCCCCACAACGCAGUCUUGCUCCUCUGUUUGUCUUACCACAAAGGAUGCCGACCGUACAUGUGUGCGACCAGCAGCCGCUUCUCAAACUGUCUGGAGCAGUACAAGAAGGCAUACACCAAAGAGGACAAGACCGAAACUGAGCCACAGCUGUUGUGCCCGCUUUGUCGUGGUCAGGUCAAAGGUUGGACCGUAGUGGAAGAUGCUCGGAAAUAUCUGAAUUCCAAGAAAAGGGCAUGCAUGCAGGAUAACUGCACUUUCGUCGGUAGCUACAGAAAGCUCCGGAAGCAUGUCAAGAACGUUCACCCGAGAGCUUGCCCUCGAGCUGUAGACCCCGUUUUGGAGGAGAAAUGGAAGAAGCUUGAGUUCGAGAGGGAGAGAAGUGACGUGAUUAGCACUAUAAUGACAUCCACGCCCGGCGCCAUGGUCUUGGGAGAUUACGUGAUCGAGCCCUACAACGAUGUUUAUGGUCACCAUCAUGACGAUGAGGAUGACGAUGAUGAUCAUGACUCGGAUGAUUCAUUGGAUGAAGGGUUCUUCGAUUUGGGUUCGCUCAGACGGCGCAACGGCCUGCUGACAGCAUGGGACAUGGGCCGGAUGGCUCCGUCGCGUUCGACUGCAGCCAUCUCGAGCCGGGCACUUAGGCGAAUGCUCCAGAAGCCGGCAACCGCAAGGUUCGGAAGCCACAGACGUAGACUGAAGAAGGCAAGUGGAUUUGAUGGGGGUGUUUUUAAGUGGUUUAGGGUUUGA